AUGAAACCUGCAACUGUAAUGCUUGUUUUCUUAUUAAUUCACCUCCAUUUUUUGGCCGCUCAAGUUUCUUCAAUCGACACCCUGUGGCAAGGAGGAGACAGUCUGAACUCAUAUUCUCAGCUGAUCUCUACCAGAAGGAUUUUCACGUUAGGGUUUCACACCCCUCAGGACACCAACAAUACCUACCUCGCCGUGUGGUACACCGACGGCGCGCCCCCUAACCCUCCCGUGUGGAUCGCCAACAGGGAAAACCCUUUUCCCCCAAAUUCAAACCUGAGUCUCACUAUAGACGCUAACGGAAGCCUGGUCAUCACCAGCCGACGCCCAGGAGUAGAAUCAUUCGAGGUGUAUUCCGGCGGACCAAGGAACAAUCUAUCAGCCACCCUUUUGGACACUGGGAAUUUCGUAGUCAGGGAGGCGAAUUCCAGCGGCGAGAUUUUAUGGCAGAGCUUCGAUUAUCCUACUGAUACUCUCCUCCCGGGUAUGAAACUAGGGUUUAAUCAACGGACAGGGAGGAAUUGGACUCUUUCUUCAUGGUUUGACGAGAGUAAUCCAGCUCACGGGGCCUUUACCCUUGAAUGGGACUCAAAUGUGGGCCGACUGGUAAUCAGGCGAAGAGGAGUGAUUUACUGGACGAGCGGCCGGAUGAGGGAUUAUUACGAGAACACAGGAAAUUUCAGUAUCAAGGAGUUUGAGAAUAUGAAUCCGCCUGAUGUUUUAGACUAUAACUAUAAUUUCAGCAGUGUUACUGAUGGCGAGGGUGAAUAUUUUAUGUAUACACUCGUAUAUAUUAUAUAUUUCACCCCUGAUGAACGAAAAAUUAUCUCAGGAUGGAGGAUGGAUUAUAACGGGGAUAUCAGCGACAUUGGCGGAGGUUAUUUGGUGAUGUCCAGUCUCUGCUAUGGUUAUGAAUCCAAGAGGCCCGGUGUUCAGAGAGGGUGCCAAGUGUGGGAACAGCCCACGUGCAGGAACCAACGCCAGACGUUUACCCGUAGGGCUGGACAUUUUUCGGGUGGGUUCUCUACAUCUUUUUAUGACAGGAAUGCGAGCCUUGGGCCAAGCGACUGUAGAGAGAAUUGCUGGGAUGAUUGUGAAUGCAUGGCUUACUUUCCUAGUUCUGAUGGCUGCAGAUUUUGGAGAGGUAGAAUGGGGUUUGUGCAGAGUCCUGAUGGAAUUACCGAUGCUGAUUUAAUGUACCUUCUUGAAACUGCACCUUCAGGAAUGAAGACAUAUGUGAAAAUCAUCCUUGUUGUGUUAAGUGCAAUGGUGGUGUUUUUCUCAGGCGUGGCUUUUUUCCUCAUGCGAAAGCUUAAGCAGGUGAGGAGAGAGAAAGAAUUGCAUGAGCUGCUGACGCUGGAAGGAUAUACAGAUGCCAAUGAAGGAGGCAAGAGUCAUGAUCUCAGGCUUUUUACGUAUGCAUCCGUCCAAUCUGCCACCCGCAAUUUCUCAUCGGACCAUAAACUUGGGCAAGGUGGUUUUGGACCUGUAUAUAAGGGAAUUACAUCAGAAGGCAAAGAUAUAGCGGUGAAGCUUCUUUCACGACAGUCGGGACAAGGAUUGCUUGAGUUUAAGACUGAGCUGAUUCUCAUUUCUAAAUUGCAGCAUGUGAACCUUGUUAAGCUAAUUGGCUUUAGCAUUCACGGGAAUGAUAAAAUGAUAAUCUAUGAGUACAUGCACAACAAAAGUCUGGAUUUCUUUCUAUUCAUUCUUGAGAUUGUGAGCGGUCGGAAAAACAAUAUCUUCCAGCAAACUGAAGGUCCUUUAAGCCUGGUGGAACAUGCUUGGGAGCUUUGGAGAAAAGAUUGUGCGCUAGAUUUUAUGGAUCCAACGUUGGGCAACUCAUGCAUUGUAGGUCAAGUGCAAAAAUGCAUCCACGUUGGGCUUCUAUGUGUCGAGAAUCUUGCGGUUGACCGACCAUCUAUUGAAGAUGUUACGUUGAUGUUAAAAAAUGAAAUGACAAACUUGCCAAUGCCAAAGAACCCAGGAUAUAUCACGAAAAACAACGUCAAUGAAGAUGUAGAAACAAGUUUGCUUGAGAAAUUAUCGGUAAAUGAACUCACACUAACUGAAAUUGGUGGAAGAUAG